AUGAAGUUUCCCACAAAACCCUAUCCAGAUCAGAAGCCUGGAACGUCGGGGCUGCGUAAGAAGGUUGUGGUUUUUGAGCAAGAGAACUAUACCUCCAACUUUGUGCAAAGUACCUUCAAUGCCUUGCGUCGCUUAGGUAGCUUCCCAGAGGUUCUCGUCGUUGGUGGUGAUGGUCGUUAUUACAUGAAAGAGGCAAUCCAAGUUAUUUUGAAACUUGCCAUGGCCAAUGGCGUGAAGUUAGUGUGGGUUGGUCAUAACGGUCUACUUUCGACACCGGCAGUUUCAGCUGUGAUACGACGACGUGAAGGAGGAUUUAAAGCACAAGGGGCCUUCAUUCUCACUGCAAGCCACAACCCUGGUGGGCCUGAUGCGGACUUCGGAAUUAAAUAUAACAUAGAGAACGGUGGACCCGCUCCGGCGAAGGUAACUGACGCGAUUUACGAAGAAACUCUCAAAAUCGAUACACUGCACAUGAACAUGUCACUUCCUGAGGUGGACAUCAGCUGUUUAGGCAUACAAAAUUUUGGUGAUUUCACCGUCGAAGUGAUCAACUCUUUGGAGGACUACGUGAGUUAUAUGCAGGAAAUUUUUGACUUUAACGCCAUUCGGCAGUUGCUUAGCCGUCCUGAUUUCAAGAUCCACCUUGACUGUCUUCAUGGUGCAAGCGGACCGUACGUGGAGCACAUCUUCCAUAAUUGUCUCGAUGUUCCUUUAUCCGCGUUGCACAACACAAACCCACUGCCUGACUUCGGUGGCUUCCACCCUGACCCCAAUCUUACGUACGCGCACAACCUUGUGCAUGUAAUGGGUCUGCUGUCGGAUGGCUCCAUCAAUAAGAGUAUGGUUGGAGAACAGGUACCAAGCUUCGGCGCAGCCUUCGACGGCGAUGCGGACCGUAACAUGAUCCUCGGUUCUCGUUUCUUCGUUAAUCCCUCUGAUUCGUUGGCUGUUCUCGUGGCAAACGCGGAGGUGGUUCCUUUUUUUCGGAAGGCUGGGGGUCUUCGUUCUGUGGCACGCUCCAUGCCUACGAGUUGUGCUGUUGAUCGAGUCGCCGCGGAGAAGAAGCUCAGGUGCUUUGAAGUCCCGACAGGAUGGAAGUUCUUCGGUAAUCUCAUGGACAGCAAGGCUGUAUUCGGUGAUAAAGAUUACAACCCGCUAAUCUGCGGCGAGGAGAGCUUUGGCAUGGGCAGCAAUCACAUUCGCGAGAAGGACGGUGUGUGGACCUGCUUGUUUUGGCUAUCACUGCUUGCAGCGAAAAACGAUUCCUGUUCCAAUCCAAGCGGGUCUCUUGUUGGUGUUCAGAGAAUCGUGGAGCAGCACUGGGCUUUGUACGGUCUCAAUUACUACACACGGUAUGAUUAUGAGAAUGUCUCCGAGAAGAGUGCUAAUCUUGUCAUGGAAAAUGUCUUACGUAAGUCUCCGGAGGAAAUUCCGUGUCUGGAUGGCAAGCGUUGCUGUGUCGUAGACAACUUUGAAUAUUCUGAUCCCGUGGAUGGGAGUGUAACUAAAAAGCAGGGUGUGAGAGUGGUUUUUGAGGACAAUUCUCGUUUUGUGUUACGACUUAGUGGAACUGGCUCCUCAGGUGCUACAAUACGACUCUACUUGGAAAAAUACAUGGGUCCAGAUUUUGUAGCCGAGAAUUUAAGAAAAGGAACUCUCCCAUGUGCCUCGGAGAUCUUGCGUGAGAUGAUACGCAUUUCGCUUAACGUUUCCAAUAUUCCUCAGGCCACUGGUCGCGAUGCACCUACCGUUAUUACAUAA